CGUAUCAUUUUGAUGUAAUAAUUGUGUCUGGAAGUCUCGACGUUUCUCGCGCAUGACGUGAGAUGGCAACCAGUAUGGCGUCCUUAGUGAGAGAUGGGGUGCUGCUGGAAAUGGCGGACCAGGCUCCCGCGCCUUCCAAGGACUACUGCCAACUCCUCAUCACCACUAAAGAGGUAAUCUGGCGAUGGUGGAGAAUUACCCUGAGGAAGGGAGAUGAGCGGAGAUGUUUCCCCGGGGAGAUCAGAGAAUCACAUGAUGACUUCCUCAACGAUGAUAGGGUCCAGGGUGAUGUGCGGAGGGUGUUCGGUGAGCCUACCCUGGAACACGCCCUGGGGCUGUGCCGCGGGCAUGUUGAUUUCAUCACACGUGUGCCAAAGCCCAUGCUGAUCUUCCUGGUGUCCUACCUUGAGUUGGAGGACAUCUCUCAGCUCGCUCAGACCAACAAGCUCUUCAGAGAGAUCUGUAACUCUGAUGAGCUGUGGGAGCAUGUGUAUGAGCGCCACUGUGAGAACGUGACAGAAGAGAUGCGUGACCUGGCUAAAGACGUAGGCUGGAAGAGCAUGUUCUUCACCAACAAGCUGCAGCUACAGGUGCAGCUGCGCAGGCAGAGGGGGAAGAAGGAUGGAUCAGGUGACAGCCCCACUCCUGCCUUCUAGUGGCAACGUUCUGAACUGCAGGCUCACAAUCAUACCAAUACACUAGACCAAUCCUAUGUAAAGUCAUGUAAUGCAAUGGAUAAAACAAUGGAAAGAAAACAAGUUGACUAGAAAAAUCAGGGCCACAAACUUUCUAGUAUUCCAACGUUCAACAACACUUUUGUAUGUUAAAUUUUAUUACAAAAGUGUUAUAGAAUAAUACAUGUAAAGUCAUGUUCAUGGUUGUUUGGUUGUUAAAUUUCCACUGUGAAACCAGUCUUAUAUAUCAAAUGAAGGUUUUGAAGUUCUGUACAUACAUUUCUAGUGUUCUAUCUACAAAUAUAGCAAAAUUAGUGCCCAGUACAUAAAAAGAGUUCUACAGCAUUGGUAACAAUGUGAAGUGGCUAAGGUUGGAAUGAUGGAGUUCUGAGUAUCUGUGACCUUAAUUUGUACCUGACUUUGCAAUGGUGAAUUUGUAUACAUAUUUCUUACGGUGUUACUCAGACAUGGGACAAUAUACAACACUAAUAACUCGUAUCAUAUGUAUCGGUUGAAAGCAAAAAUUGCAGCUAUUACUCACAGUAUACUUUGAUUCUCACGUAACUUAUAAUACAACUGGAUGUGGAAGUGAUUUUUUUUGUUCAAAUUUAUCAUAUUAUGUAUAUUUUCAUCCUUGCUACUUUGCUUUUAAAGUUGAUGUCUUGUGCAGUUUGUUUGAAAUUACCUUUUUGCUGCAUAUGUAUUAUAUGUUAUCCUCAUUUUUUCAAAGGUUACAUUGUAUUCCAUACAUUUAAAUAUCUGUCAAUCAAGCUAGACUAGGCCAUGCACUGGUCUGUACUCUUGUACUUGUCUGCAAGUGGAAAACAUAUUAGCUCUAUGCAUAUAAUUCUGUACCCCCAGAAUUUGAUGGUGAAAUUUUUCUUAAGGUUCAGUGAAAAAUCUGCAAGGCAACAGAAAUUUUGCAGUUUUAUUUCUUACAAAGUAGAUACAGUAUCUAGAAAUGAUGUUGUUCAGUAUAAACAUGUGAAUACUAGUAUCUAUCAUAACAAACAUUUAUGACCAUAGAAAGAUGGUAAGAUGGACCAAAGAAUACCAAGAGUGGCCUUCCCAAAAUGUUACAUGCAGUAAAUGAACAGAUUUUCCAACAAGUGCAGUCAGUAAACUUGGACAUUCCGGAUCAUUUUUAAAUAUUUUUCUAUGUACAAAUAAUGAUGUUGUUGAACAGUUUUUGUGAUGUUAAUAAUUGUGUGAUGCAGUGAUGAGUAUGUGAAAUAUAUCCGGAUGUGGUGCCUUUAA